CCUAGCAUAGUUAUGAUAUCAUCAUUUCUCUUUGGGAAUAUUGAUGAGCAAGGGAAGUUGGAAUCCACUUACUUGAAUGAGGAUGUAAGGGAUGCUCUUGGUAAUAUUGCAGACCUUAAUGAAUUUUCACGUGAUCUUGUGCGUGAUGCAUCUGAAGCAGGACCUUCUGGAAGCUCUUUGUUUACAGACACAACACCUGUUAGACCACUUGAAUCUGCUGAAGAUUUUGGCGAGAUUGAGGAGCUUGCAGAUGAUAGUGACAACUUUAAGGUGCCGGCUCAGCCCCUUUCGAAAAAGCCAGCUGCUCCAGCUACUCCAACUCCUGAAGCUAAAAAUGCUGAUAAGAUUCUACGGUCAACAUCACUCUCAAACAUCCAAAAAGCAAAGCUUCUCUUCCCAGGCUUUGCUCCAGACAAAAAGUUAAGAUUUUCCCAGAUGUUUGGUAGUAGUUUUAGUGGAAGGGAUCUGGACAGAGAUUGGAAGUAUGGUAAAAGAAAAAAGAAAUACAAGAAGUCUAUUCGAGAGAAUGGACUUUGGACUAAGACGAUACUAGAAAUACCUGCCCCUCCCCCUGAUUUGAUAGCAGCUGGUGAUUAUGUAAAGAUAAUGAAUGUGGAGAAGAAAUCGACAACUGACGGGAAAAAAGAAGUGGUGGAAGCGAGGAACUCAGAGAAAGAGACCGAGUGGAGGAAUGGACCAGGAUCACUUUGGUACGAUCUAGCUAGUGUGCCCAACAAUGCUACUAGCUUUGAUUAUGGCUUCAAACUAUCUACCAAGCUGGAUACAGCAGAAGAGACUCCCAAGAAACAGAAGGCAGAUGAAGAGGAGGGCUUGUACAUGAUGUAUAAUCACUUGCAGUGGGAGGACUUGGUGGCUUGGGAUAAUUCACAGAUUAAAUCUCCUCCAGCUAAAAACAUGGACCUCCUAUACUUCUCAGAUAAGAUGUCACAUUACAAAGGUAUACAAGAGUCUAUUCUGAAGCCCACCAAUCGUAAAUUACUGGACUCUAACUGGGAGAAUAACAUCAUCUGGGACACUAAGAAUAUGAAGCACAUGUUGAAGACUCCAGAUGUAGUGGUGGACCCCAGUACAAUGCACAAAGUACCGGUCGAGAAAGAGAGGGUGCUUGAAAACAAGGGUACUGCUACUCCUAAAAAGGAGUACCCCAGUAAAAUGAGAAUGAAGCCUCUACAAACUGUUCACCCCUUGCACGGGGAACUGCUCAUGGACAAAAAACCUAAAACUACAGAUCCUUUCUUUAAGAUAUCUUGUGAGGAGUUCUAUCAACCCAAACCAACUUCUACUGAGAACGUGCUCACUAAAUACAAAUCAAUGAUCCAGCACAGUAUACCAACAUUAGAACUAGAGUUGAGUUGGUUCCCCACCUACAUGAAGCCAGAAGAACUGAGGCGGUUACACAGACCAUACCUAAAACCAGUCCGGACAGGACCACACUCGGAGCCUAUCUUUAAACCUGUUUACUCUCUGGAGAGAUACGUUAGAAGGAAGGAAAACGAGAGAGAAGCAGAGCGACAGAAGUCAGGAGGAGGGCAAGUGUUCUUCAUGAGGACCCGUGAGGACAUAUCAGCGAAGGACGGCAGGUUGGUGCUGUUCGAGUACGCGGAGGAACACCCACUGCUAAUGAGCUGUAUUGGCAUGGCCAGCAGGAUCAAGAACUACAGCAAGAAGGGUAUAAACGGGGAUCCUGUGAAUUGUGAUCACUUGAAGUAUGGAGAUCAAGUGUACAAUACCAGCCCUUAUUUCCUGGGAAAGUUACAUCCUGGUCAGGUUCUACAGGUGCUUGAUAACAAUAUGUACCAGUCAGCUGCCCACCAACACUCUAUCCCACAUACUGACUUCAUCCUGGCGCGCACUGCUGAGAGUUUCUACAUCAGGAUGACCGACGAUAUCUUCACUGUGGGUCAGCAGUUCCCUAAAAUACUGGUUCCAGGUCCUAAUUCUAAGAGAGCUAAUCAACACACUAGAAACUUCCUUCAGGUGUUCAUCUACCGCCUGUUUCUGGAAAGUGAGGAUGUGCCAAGAAGGAUCAAGAUGGAUCACAUCAAGGCGGCAUUUCCAGCGUACUCUGAAAGUAGCAUUAGGAAACGUCUCAAGAACUGUGCUGACUUCAACAGAACAGGAAGUGACUGUGGUUGGUGGGUACUUCAAGACAUGUUCAGACUACCAAGCGAGGAAGAGAUCAGGAAACUGGUGAUACCCGAGGACUGCUGUGCAUUCUACAGCAUGCAGUACGCAGAGCAACGUCUUAAGGACGCAGGGUACGGCAAAAGUAUCAAGAACUUGUCGGAUGAGGAGGAUGAGGAUGAUUCUGAGAAGAUUCUAGAUGAUGAAGUUCGCAUUGCUCCCUGGACCCUUACCAGAACCUUCUCUAACGCUCUCAGAGGAAAAUGCCAGCUGGAGAUAAACGGAAUAGCAGAUCCGACUGGUAUUGGCGAAGGUUACUCGUAUCUCAGAGUCCCUAACAAACCCUCUAUUAAGAGCAACAAGGACGUCUCCAAAGCAAAACCCAGCAAAACAGACGAGCCCAAGUCCACUCGGACAGUCAUGGGAACAGACUCCGAUCUGAGGCGGUUAACACUGAAGAAUGCUCGGGAGGUGCUCCGAAGUUUCGGAGUAGCUGAAGAGAAGAUAAACACAAUGAUGAGGUGGGACGUGAUCAAUAUGGUGAGGAAACUGAGCACUGACAAGGCUAGGAUGGGAGAGGCAAAUGAUACUGGGAAGUUUGCCAGAGGAGCCAAAUAUUCCCUCAUUGAGCACCAAGAGAAAUAUAAAGACGAGUGUCAGCGGAUAUUCGACCUACAAACUAAGGUUCUGUCUUCUAUAGAAGUUUUGAGUACAGAUGACGAGGCAUCAUCCGACGAGGAGACCAACAUAGACGAACUUGGUAAGGAUCUGGAGAGCAUGUUGAACAAGAAGAAGACGAUGGAGCAGAUAAGUCAGGAACGAGAGGAGGCAGAGAGACGAGACCUACAGAAGCUCCUGAACCAGGAUACACCCCACCAACCCUCCACUCCUCCAGCUCCUGAUAAACAGGAGGACAUACAUGCUGAUGAAACAGGAAGACGGCUGAUCAUCAGGAGGAAAUUUAGCACGGACACUGGGUACUACUUCCGGGAGGAAGUAAUCUCCAGACCGGAGGUGAUAGACGCUUAUCUGAAGAUAAAGGAGACUGCUGAUAAGACCAACAAGAGGUUCCUUAUCGAUAACUUGGACGAGGAACAGAAGGACGAGGUGAGGAAGGAGAGGAGACGAAUUCAGGAGCAGCUCAGAAGACUCAACAGGGCUCAAGAGCGGGAGAGAAUGAACGAGAAGAAAUUGAAAAAAGCAGCAAAGGAGAAAGCACCCAUAAACAUGAGAUGUGGAGCUUGUGGUGAAACAGGUCACAUGAAGACAAACAAACACUGCAAGAUGUACGGUAAGAGUGGACCUGUUACUGAUGAUCAGAUAAUUGACGACGAGCUGUCUAACGUGUUCAACGAGCAGACCUCUAGUCUGGUGAAGGUCGAGGACACCAAGAUACGUAUAGGACGAGCCUUCCUCGCUCAAGUAGAUGAAGUGAGCAAGAAGGCAGCUAAAAAACAAGCACAGCAGAAGAGGCAGUUGGAACUGUCGAUGGAGGAGCGUGCUGAAGCCAAGGCUUUAAGGAAGAAGAAGAAGUUGGAGAAAGCUGAUAGAAAGAUGGCUCAGAAAGCUGCUAAAUCAGGACCCAAGAGUUCUGAGCACCUCGAUUAUCUGGAACCUAAAGUAAAAGGAGUAAACAGAGCCAGGGUACACCCAGAGGUUGAACUUAGAACAUUCUUUGAAGAACUGCUCGGAAAGAUCAAAGAGAUCCCUAGGACAGGGGCGUUCCACAAACCUGUGUCUGCUAGAGAAAUUCCUGAUUACUACACUUUUGUCAGUAUUCCUAUGGAUCUCCAGACGAUGAGAAACCACUGCAUCAACAAUUUCUAUCAGUCCAGGGAAGAUUUUCUGGAGCACUUGGAGCAGAUCGUAAAGAAUAGCACAAUAUACAACGGCAAACAGUCCGAGUACACAAAAGCAGCUGAGGGCAUGUUGGACGUGGCCAUGGCGGAGUUUUCUAGACACGAAGAAAAACUUCAGACUUUGGAGGAGAAGAUCAACCCGGCCGCGAAUAAGAGCACGCAGAACCAGUUCAACUUGAUCCUGAUCAGCAGUGUGGAUGCUAUGAUUAAAGUCUCCAACUCUCAAGCAUUCCAUAUUCCUGUGAACGCUAAAGUUGCUCCUGAUUACUAUCAGGUGAUAUCGACUCCAAUGGAUAUCUCCACAUUGCGUAAAAACUUAGAGAAGAACAAGUAUAAAUCUCGAACGGAGUUCCUGAAAGACGUAACACUUAUUUUUGAGAACAGUCAGCAGUACAAUGGUGCCGACUCUUUGUACACGAAGAAAGCAGAGGAGCUGCUUUCCAAAGCAAAAGAAGUUCUCAACGCUUCAAGCACAAUCCUACAACAGCACGAAAUGUUGUUAUCAUGUGAAACUUCUAUUGCCAGUCCCAAACACGUGCCGGUCAACAUUCCAAAACCUCUACCAGCAGCAAUAGCUGCAAUAUCGGGCAUCUCAAAAGGAAGUCCUGAGAGUGUGUACAGUGGACGGGUGGAGGAUGAAGAGAGUGAUCAGAUGAGUGAAAGUGAAACAUUUAACAGCUCCGGACAGAAGAACAGAUACGACAGUACGUGUCUGGAGGAGGAAGGCCAGGCCGGCCACACCCUCUUUGAGGAUCUUAUGGACAGUGAAGAUGAUUCUGACUGAGCUUUUUAAAUUGUCUUGUUAGGGUUUUCACCUUUGAUUUAAGGCUAAGAAAUUGGUAUUCGUUGCUAAAAUUGGGGACUAAUUUGGGGCUUGCAACGAAUCGGACGAAAAGAAUAUCUUGUGUCACAUUGAGAAUUUUACUAUUGUGGUUGUGAACUUGAAGGUUUGCAUUUUUUCGUGAAGCUUAUAGCUGUGAAUCCGUUUUAUACAGUUGUGAACUCUAGUAUUGUGAACAUGUCAAUAAUUCGAUCUUACUGAAAGCUUAAGCUAUAAAUGAGUAGGCCUCAUGUAGCCGGUGGGCCCGACAUGAUACGACAUAUCUCGACACGUCGGGGUUUGUCGGGAUAUGUCGGGGUUUGUCGAGCCUGGAGGCUACAUGAUGCCUUAAAAGAUAGAUUAUCCUACUCGAACAGUUUAAACUUUUAAAUCAGUUUUUGCACAUCGUUGUACUAUUUUAAUCUUUAGUCAAAGCGAAAAGUUCGAGCACUACCGUAUCGAAGGUAGAACGUUAUAAUAAUCUAAAGGCUCUACAGUUUCGUUGCGAAAUAAAUUGAUAAUUACUAUUUACUACUUACAAAGAACUUUGAGGUCAAAUGUAUGGUGGCCUUUCAGAGGCCAUAUGGUGGCUUCUAGACGGCUUCUUCACAGCAGUAUGGUGGCCAUACCUAAUCACUCAUUAUUCUCUGAUUUCCUAUUUGACUUACGGUUACUGCAAAAAAUUAACAACAGAACACAUUUGAUCUGAUAUGAUUUUUUAUUGAGUAUAAAAGCUCUUCAUUACGGUGCUAAAUACAAAUAUUCUAAUCGGCUGUAUAAUGUAUAUUCGGCUGUGAAGGAAAUUUUUUGAUGCUAUAAAAACUGACUACCAAAGAAUACUAUUAUCUUCCUCCCUGUGAAGCUGUGACCACAGGCAUUCUAGUAUCUUACUAUAUAUAAAGCGAGACGAUAUAUAUAUGGACAGAUGGAUGGAUGGAUCCGUGCCAUUUUACUGACACCACGGCAUCAAAUUUAACACGACUUCCCGCAAAAACCGUAAAAGAUACUAAGAUACACAACUGAACUUUUUUGACUGGGUCAAAUGCUUUAAUGGCCUUCAAAUCAGCAUGGAAAAAUAAAGACUUCGCCAAAGAAUAAGAAUUUUAGUGCCCAAAAUUUGGACUCCUAAGUGGUGUCAAAAACGCGAAUUAAAUAGGUAAUAAUUAUUGUAGUCUCUCAGGUCUUGACACCACUUUUAGGUUAGACGGGUUCCUGCUAGUAUUAUAUAUAAUAUACCUUAAUUCCCAAAAAUUUGGGCGACAAAAAACUUGAACGGGCCUCUCGCCCAAAUUUUUUGCAGACCAAAUUAAUUGCAUAAAUCUUUUUCGUGUGCUAAAUUUUUUGCUAACCAAACUUUUGGCAUUUGGCUUGUGGCCCUGAAAUCUAUAGAAAGAUGGCUUUUUCUUCAUAUCCAAGUGAAAUAAUAUUUGAAAUUUUAGUUUUCUAAUCUGUCAUUCAUGGCUUGACCAAUACAAGUAAAAAGGCUUAUAUUUUAAAUGAAUAGAAAUAACUGGAAUAGCUAACAGAGCCUACUAAUAAAACAAAUGGCUAGAGGUACGGAUAACUAGAGAUUUAAACAAGAUCUGCAAAUGGAUUAUCAUCCACCGUAAAGUCUGAUCUACAAGCAUCAGUUAUACCCGACUUCUCAAAGCCUUUUCCUUAUGUCAUCUGGCCUCUCUUUUAAAUAUACAAAAAGUUCGUUGAUCCAACGAGCGUGUACUUCACGGAUCACUGUCAAGCGGGUAUCAAUUUAACAAUUUAUCAUCACUGUAUUUUUUAGUAGUUACUGGGCAGAUCGUAAAUUUCAUAAUGUGAAACAACUCAGACUACCACCUAAAUGCUUAAAAUUGAAAGCAAAAUGACUGG